AUUUCUUCCUGUGAUUUCCUUCAGAGCGAUCAUGGGUGUCCCCUUAUGUGUGCAAUGCGGCACGAGGAGCAACCCGUGCCGGUGCAAGGUCGUGGGGCCCACACUGGGCUUCCUGGCGUUCGCGGUCGCGGCGGUCGUGGAGUGGCCGAUCGGAGCCGUUGUUUAUAUCUUUCGACACAUGAAGGGCCGGCGCAUCAUGGCCCACCCGGCCACCGUCGUGUAUCCGUCCGUUUCCAAUGCGAUUCCAAUAUGAGCCGUUGAUAUGGUUCUAUGGGGCGGAAAAAGAACGUAGCUAUGGUGAUAAAUAAAAAUGUAAGAUGUUGGUAUGUAUUUCUAUUUCCUACUGACUUGGGUUUUUUUAAAUUGAACCAAGGGUUGUAUGUGUUUGUGUAAGUCGUCUUUUAUGAUCCGAUCACGUAACGAUCAGGCCUC